GCGAAAGCCGUGCCAAACUUGCCUGCUCUCUGAAAAAAGCGGCUCCCCGUCUCUGAACGUACCUUACGGUUUCGCCGGUGGUGGGGGGGUUAAAUGCCACCCGGGAACUCGCGGGAGCCACCGUUUGCAGAUUUGAGAGUCGGCAGAAAACUUUGAAAAGAGUACCCACCGCGGAGAAAUACAGCUGCGCGGCUGAACUUCCAGCAGCAGCCCGAGGGGACCGGGAGGAGGAGUCAACAGGUCCCAGAGCUUAGGAGCUGCAAUCGAUUCAAGGGGAGAUUUCCUUGGCCAAGGACAGGGAGAUUGACGUUUUUGGGAAAAAGGGCUCGCCCGAGCAAUCGAUGCGGGCCGUCCACCAGCCGGAAGCCCAGUUGGUCGAGCAGCACACCACUCAAUCAGCCUGAACAGCAGCACAAAGGGGCUGCUGGCGAGCACCAGAGGCAGAGGCGGUUUUACUGCAAUAAGGGGGCCCGUCCCAGGAGAAGUGCUUUGUCUUGGCAUCAUGUGAUCUGCGCAUUCCCUAAGAGCGAUCUGCAGUGGAAGAGGGAAUCUACGCUCUACGCUCCCCCGACCACCAGCACCCCUAUCACCACUAUCACCACUCCUGACUGCAGCCAUCAAAGUCACCUGUUCUUGACUCAACUUGCUCUCUGUCUCUUCCACCUCCCUUCAUCCUGACGAUAAGGAAUAGCCCUGCUAGUUUCCAACCUCCCCAACGCCUCUCGCAAAUAAGGCCUUUCAGCUCGUUUCACAAUACCAGAGAAAGGAAGGAUAAAAAACUCUACAGUCCUCUUUUAUACUUGAACCCCGUGUUUCUUUGUUUCCUUAGUAACUCAACCUUCAACACACACAUUCACUACACCGACAGGAUCUUUUCUCUUUGUGACAUCCAUAGGAGCCAUUCCAAGGACACCAGCACUCAAGUUUUAAAACCAUAAGGAGAUUUCGCUUUGGAAUAUCUACUCAUGCAGCAUCCCUAUGGGGGAUUAAACCAGGACAGGAAUCCACACUGACUUCUUUUUGGCUCUGCAAGAUCUUGUGGCUUAUCCAGUGCGGUCUGUUUUGUGACUGGAGGUGGACUGAGCCAUCAUGGCUGGGAAGGGCAACCCGCUGCCGGGCCCCCACCUAAACGGCUUCCCUGUGCCCACCUACUCCUACUUCUUCCCCCACAUGUUGGGAAGCCUGUCGCCUCCAGCCCUGGCAGGACUGCCCAUCAGUGGGUACAGCACUCCCUCACCAGCCACGAUAGAGACCCAGAGUACCAGCUCAGAGGAGAUAGUGCCAAGCCCGCCCUCACCUCCCCCACCGCCCCGCGUCUACAAGCCCUGCUUUGUGUGCCAGGACAAGUCCUCAGGGUACCACUAUGGUGUCAGCGCCUGUGAGGGCUGCAAGGGCUUCUUUCGGAGAAGCAUCCAGAAGAACAUGGUGUACACUUGUCACCGGGAGAAGAACUGCAUCAUCAACAAAGUCACCCGCAACCGCUGCCAGUACUGUCGGCUGCAGAAGUGCCUGGAAGUCGGGAUGUCCAAGGAAUUAAUCCUACUCUGUCGCUCUGCUCUUCACCCUGCAGCAGUGAGGAAUGACCGGAAUAAGAAGAAGAAGGAUGAGAAGAAGCAGGAGUGCACAGAGAGCUAUGUGCUGAGUCCCGACACAGAGCGGAUGAUCGACAGGGUUCGCAAGGCACACCAGGAAACUUUCCCCUCUCUCUGCCAGCUGGGCAAAUACACUACGACUAACAGCUCAGAACGACGUGUCUCCUUGGACGUGGACCUGUGGGACAAGUUCAGUGAACUCUCCACCAAGUGCAUCAUAAAGACAGUGGAGUUUGCGAAGCAGCUGCCCGGCUUCACGACGCUCACCAUCGCUGACCAGAUCACUCUGCUCAAAGCAGCAUGUCUGGAUAUCCUGAUACUCCGGAUCUGUACACGCUACACACCAGAGCAAGACACCAUGACCUUCUCAGAUGGACUCACGCUAAACCGAACCCAGAUGCACAACGCAGGCUUCGGUCCCCUCACCGACCUGGUUUUUGCCUUUGCCAACCAGCUCCUUCCUCUGGAGAUGGAUGACGCAGAAACGGGGCUUCUCAGCGCCAUCUGUUUGUUGUGUGGAGAUCGUCAGGACUUGGAACAGGCAGAGAAGGUGGACGUCCUGCAGGAGCCGCUCUUGGAGGCGUUGAAGAUUUAUGUAAGGAGGAGGAGGCCCCACAAACCGCACAUGUUCCCCAAGAUGCUGAUGAAGAUCACUGAUCUGAGAAGCAUCAGCGCUAAAGGAGCUGAGCGUGUCAUCACCCUGAAGAUGGAGAUCCCCGGCUCCAUGCCCCCUCUCAUCCAGGAGAUGCUGGAGAACUCAGAAGGUCUGGAAAGCGGGGCCGCAGGCGGCCGGCCCAGCGGCGCCCCCCCAGGGAGCUGCAGCCCCAGCCUGUCCCCCAGCUCUGCCCAAAGCAGUCCAGCCACACAAUCGCCGUAGUAGCGGCCCACCUUUUUAUUAUUCCUCACGACGCUCUCUGUCUCCUCCCUCGACGUUCUAAAGAGGAGGGCCGAAGGAGGGGGGGCCUCGACCCUGACUGCUGAACACAGGAGACGGGCAGAGCCAACCUCCUCCUCUCCUACGACACAAACCCCCACCUCCUGUUUCUGCUUUCCCUCCUUCAGGAGCACCGUCCUGAUGCGAGGGGAGGUGAGGCCCGGGCCGGCCGGGGCAACAGGAUGCCUCUGAGAGACCACACCGUAAACACUGCUGAUGACUCCUCCUCCGUCUCCCUCCACUCUCCCCUCCACUGCUGCUCCUCCACUCUCCACCAUUCUCCAAAAGACUAGUGGAAACAAAUCUGGAUGCGGUGGCGACCAGUUUGGAAUGGAUCCGGGAGUGGACGGGGCACCGUGGAACAAAUCUAAGAUCAAGGACAAUGCAUACAGACUGACUUGACAAACACCAGACACUUUUUUGUUGUUGUACUCGGAGGCAGACUGCAAGCUUGGGACUUGUCAAAAGACCCACCCCCCCUCCUCAAAGACUCUGGGUCUUUUCUCUUUUUCCAACUUCGAAAAACAGAUUUCGUACAAAAGAUAUAUAAAUAUAUAUAGAAAAAGUUAAGGAACUAUUGUGAUUGACAUGUCCAGAACAGAAUGGCAGGUUGAAAUGAGGACAUGUUUUCUGAGAUUAGAAAUUGUUGUACUCCUUCACUGUUUGAAUCUUUUCAUACCCAUCGAGAGUAUUGAAAGAGACCUUUCAGUUCUAUCACAUUUGUACAUUAUUCUAAUUAACAAAAAGCAAAAGAUGUUGAAAUUUCUCUCCAGUCUACACAUGCAAACACAUACACACACACACACACACACACACACACACACACAAACCAAUGUGCACAGAAAACAAGUCGCAAUGAAUAUCACCUACUAUUCCAGGUUGGAUUUGUUUUCCUUUUUCUUUCUUUUUUUUUUUUUUUGCUUCCAAGAGAAUGGAAAAAAAAUGAUUGUAUGAACUUGGUUGUAUGAUAUGGUCACAGGUCCUUUCAAGAAAUCAAAUUAAUGAAGAUUCAUUAUUAAGGUGUAUUUUAAGUAGCCUUUGAGUUUGUGUAUAUAAGCUGUAUUCAUUUCUUUAAAACUAUGAAGAGUUUUAGGCUUCACCUGAUUUUUUUUUUUUUUUUUAAAUACCUUUUAUGUGUUUUGUUUAUAGGUUUGUGAUGCAAGAAAAGACAUUUGAGCACAUUUUACUGAAGGAAGUUCUUUCAUGUUUUGUGUCCUACUAAAUACUGGACAGACCCUUAACCAAUCACUGGCUGUUCAGAAUGUGGCUUUCACAGACAAUUUCAACCCCCCCCCCUCCUCCUUCACUUUUAAAACAUGUUUUUACAUACAGUAGAAUGACAAAGUAGCACUCCAGUCGGGGCAUAGCUUUUUUUGGCCAUGUAGCAGAAAAAGAUGGUGUUUAUGAAAACGGUGAGCCACAUGCCACUCGUAGCCUUGUCAGGUUCGAGUGAGCCCCAGCAGCUCAGCUUCAAAGAGAGUUAAAAAUGUGAAGAAUGGUGUACAUACACACUGUAUUAAACACAAGUGAUUCUC